GUCAGCAUCAUGUCUCGCUUCGGAGCGUUCUACUCUCGUUCGUUUGCUCAGAGACCUUGGUUGACACUAGCAGUGACCAAUGGCGGACUCAGCGUAGUGGCCGAUGCGCUAGCCCAGACUUUCGAGCUGUCACAAGCGCAAAAAAGCGGCAACACCACUUCAUCGAGCAGCAGCGGCUUUGAUCUUGCUCGCAGUGCCAGGUUUCUGGCUUUCGGAUCAGCCAUGGCUCCGCUUCUGGCCGAAUGGAACAAAUUCAUAGAGCUCAAAUUUCCCUUGAGAACCGGUGGGACCGGCUCGGGGGGCAGCGGUGCGGUAGCUAGAUACUCUACCGCUGCAGCUGCGAACAUGGGCAAAGUCAGCUUCUUGGCGCUAGGAAAGCGGGUCAUUGUGGACCAAGGCACAUUUGCUCCGUUCGGUCUCGCACUCUUCGUCGGCUUCAUGGGGUUCAUGGAGGGCAGAGAUAUGGCGGGCAUCGGCGAGAAGUUCUCGAGCAUGUACUGGCCCGCUCUUUUAGCAAAUUGGCAAGUUUGGCCCCUGAUCCAAACCAUCAACUUCCGCUUCAUGCCUCUCAAGUACCGAGUCCCGUUCGUAUCUCUCUGCGGUGUGGGCUGGACCAUCUUCUUGUCGGUUUUGCAAGCGGCAAGACAAGGUGGGACUGCCGAAGCUGCUAUCGGCUCUGGUGGGGCUGAUGGAGGUGUCCAGGUGCACUCAUAGAAGGCAUGAUAUUGCAGCGGAGCAACAUGUCAAGACGCGGGCUUGCCGAUGUUGCAAUCAUCACGAGCGGCGAGCCGACAAAGUCAAGGAAGGCGAGAGCGACAGCGACAGCUACUCAACCUCAACGCCAUUUGACACAUUCAUCAGCAGACAGGAGACCUCAGCACAGCGCUGUACUAUUACAUAGUGUCUCUUUGCACAAAGCAGCUUUGCGGCGCGAUCGGGUAAGGGUGACGACAUGAACGAUGCUUUGUACAACAAUUGUCGCGCGAGCUUUUGUGUGGGCAGCGACGGUGGUGCGUGGGUGAUGGG